UCAUUGUGUAUUAUAAACCUAAAAUAUAAUGGCGCAUAUAGAUUUGACAAAGAUAAGCAAGGCUGACGAGUAAUGUGGACGCUGCAAGCAAUUAUAACGCAGACGUCCAUGCUAAUGAGAAGGAAUAAAGCACAAGAGUGGUUUGUCUGCAAGUUGUGCUUCUAGACUAAGGGAAAUAAGUAUUGGGAAAAAGAGAUAUACAUUGACUAACUGGUUGAGAAACACCCCUUGCACAGAGAUUGUUGUGCCAAUGUUUUUCUUUGAACAUCUAUCUUUGGUAAGAUUUCCCCUAUCAAGAGAAAAGACCCUGGUGUUCAAACUGCUUUUUUUUUAAGAAAGCAGUUUCAAUCUAUUUUUGAUUUUAUGGGCUUUAGUUGUUAAUGAAGCAAAUUGGUUGGGCGUUAACCUGUGGUAUCCUGAACUUUGUUGUACUCAUUGAACACACUUAUCUGCAUGAUUUUGUGCUGUGCCUCCGACUGCCGGGAAGCUGACGGUAACCCUCAGUGCAACCCUAAUGCUGCUGAACCUCUGCUUCCUGGGGUGGAUGUAAAAGAUUUCAUCACUUGGUUCCAGGCACAGCAGUGUGUUCUGAUGUCUUUUUCCCCCCUUAGUAAACAUAAGUCAUAGUCAUACUUUAUUGAUCCCGGGGGAAAUUGGUUUUCGUUACAGUUGCACCAUAAAUAACAAAUAGUAAUAGAACCAUAAACAGUUAAAUAGAAAAGGAGUAAUCAGGACAUUUAUACACUCAAUGGCCACUUUGUUACAUACGCCUGUACACCUGAUGGCUAAUCCAAAUGUCUAAUCAGCCAAUCACAUGACAGCAACUCAAAAGCAUAAAAGCACAACAGAUGUGGUCAAGAGGUUCACUUGUUCAGAUUAAACAUCAGAUUGGGGAAGAAAUGUGAUCUAAGUAACUUUGACUGUGGAAUGAUUGUAGGUACCAGCUGGGGUGGUUUGAGUAUCUUAGAAACUGCUGAUCGUCUGGAAAUUUCACACACAACAAUCUCUAGGGUUUACAGAGAAUGGUGCGAAAAACAAAAAAUAACAUCCAGCGAACGGCAGUUCUGUGGGUGAAAACAUCUUGUUAAUGAGAGAGGUCAGAGGAGAAUGGCCAGACUGUUUCAAGCUUACAGGAGGGCGAUAGUAACUCAGAUAACCUCAAGUUACGACAGUGUUGUGUAGAAGAGCAUCUCUGAACACAUAAGAUGUUGAACCUUGAAGUGGAUGGACUACAGCAGCAGAAGACUACAAACGCUCAGUGGCCACUUUAUUAGGUACAGAAGCUACCUAAUAAAGUGGCCACUGAGACUAUAUCAUUGGAUAUCCUUGCUGCUUGUGUGAAUAGCAGUUUUCUUUGAAUUCUAAAAGUAAAUGUACUUAAAAAAUUAAGAAAUAAAAAUAGAAAAUCCUGGAACCAUUCAGCAGAUUGGGUACAUUUUGUUGAUGUGUCUCAGACCUGAAACUUUAACUCUUUUCUCAAGUGUUUCUAGCACGUUCUGUUUUGCUUUUAGAUUUCCAGCAUCUCAGUUUGCACUUUUAAAAAUAAUUGGUGGUAAAGUGGAUUAGGACAUACAAGGUUGUGAAAUGAUCAUUGUAAGGUCAAUUCAUUCUUCCUCUUUCUCUCUGUCCUAAGAAAACUGACUUGGAGUGAAGCUUUGAUACUCGUGCAGUAAUUGAUCUAUUUACCCUUGGGUAGGAAAGGAAGAUCCAGGGAGUGACCUUUCAGUCUCUGGCUAGCAACUGGUGGGAUCGAUCUGCCUGCCUUAAUGAAAUGGAUUUGUGUUCAUUGUUUCUGAGAAUAGACAACACCUCUGAAGGGGUCCUGAAAUUGAAGGAUGUGCAAUAUGAAACUGAAAAUACAGUAUGUUGUGUGUUUGUACAGUUGGAUACCAGGUCUGUGGCUACAGAAAGUCAUUUUCCAAAAAACUUAACAUCUGGGGGUAUUGUCCCACUAAGAUGUUUUUUAUUUUAAAAAAUCCCUUUCAAAUAAAAGAUCCCAUGUUAAAAACCCUAAAAUUCAGGGUAAUGGUGGGAAAAUACCUGAUAUUAUAAGCAUCUUUUGGUGACUGUUUAUUGAAAGUUCACUAGCCAACCUAUCAUGAAAGUAACACAUUGAUUCAUAUUUAAGUUGCUAUUGCAAAUCAUCUGUACUAGGAAACAGCCACUAUGUAGGUUCUUCCCCAGUGGAGCAUCCAGAGGAAACCCACGAGGUCAUGGGGAGACUGAGAAACUUACAGAGGAAACCCAUGCCAAAAUGGGGAGAACGUACAAACACCUUUCAGACAGUGGUGGGAAUUGAACCUGGGUCGUUGUAUAUGGGAGUCUGUUAUAGGAGUCAAACUGAACACACUGGAGGCUGUGGCAGAACCAAAGACCCUAUGGGAAAUCCUAGCAACUCUGGACAGUGUUUCCCACCCUGUGCAUGCCACCUUGGCUGAACAGAGGAGCACUUUUAGUAACAGACUAAGACAAGUGCACUGCUCCAAAGAGCGCGAUAUGAGGUCAUUCUUACCCUCAGUCACUGGGCGCUAUAAUGAGUCAGCCUAUAACCAGGGAAGUGAUGACCCCCCCCCUCCUAUUAGACUGUUUGAAGUAACUUAUCUUUUAUUCUUUCUUUCUUCUCUUCUAAUAUUUGUAUAUCUGUGCAUUUGUAAUGCUACUGUGACUCUGUAAUUUCCUUUGGGAUCAAUAAAGUAGCUAUCUAUCUAUCUAUCUAUCUAUUAAUGGUAUGCUAACCACUACCCUAAAUUAUUUCCUCGAGCCUUUAUCUGGCCUGUUUCACUGCGCUCUCAGAUAGUCUUCUACUUGGGAUAUUGCAGGCUGAGGCUAAGAUGCUUAUAAUAGAACGCACAUUUAAAAGUGCUGCAGUUUCAAUCCUCAUGACAGAAGGCAAUGUUUCAGCCUGCUUCUGCUGAGCACCCACAAUUUUCAUUUAGUUAACAGAACUGGGUGGGUGUAAUGCAUACUGAGAAAUCCUUGUGUGCAUUCCCAAAGAUCUGCUGAUCUCAACUUUAGUCUUUUGGCAGAGGUUUGUGUGUCAGAGAUUACUUUAGGGCACUGUGGGUGCUCCCCUACACCUGCCCCUGUUCGCUGUCCCAAACACUCUUUAGAAACAGAAACAUAGAAAAACAUACAGCACAAUACAGGCCCUUCAGCCCACAAAGCUGUGCCGAGCAUGUCCCUACCUUAGAACUACCUAGGCUUUACCCAUAGCCCUCUAUUUUUCUAAGCUCCAUGUAGUCAUCCAGGAGUCUCUUAAAAGACCCUAUCGUUUCUGCCUCCGCACCGCCGUCGGCAGCCCAUUCCACACACUCACCACUCUCUGCGUAAAAAAAAUCCCUGACAUCUCCUCUGUACCUACUUCCAAGCACCUUAAAACUAUGCCUUCUCGUGCUAGCCAAUUCAGCCCUGGGGAAAAACCUCUUUUGAUUAUCCACAUGAUCAAUGUCUCUCAUUAUCUUGUACACCUCUAUCAAGUCACCUCUCAUUCUCCGUUGCUCCAAGGAGAAAAGGCCGAGUUCACUCAACCUAUUCUCAUAAGGCAUGCUCUCCAAUCCAGGCAACAUCCUUAUAAAUUUCCUCUGCACCCUUUUUAUGGUUUCCAUAUCCUUCCUAUAGUGAGGCGAACAGAAUUGGGCACAGUAUUGCAAGUGGGGUCUGACCAGGGCCCUACAUAGCUGCAACAUUACCUCUCUCAUUACCUCUUUGUAUUCAGGCAGUCUGCUAAUUUUUGUAUACUAGGUUUACCAUGAAAGGUUUGGGUGUGAGAUGAUGUACCAAAAUGAUGCAAAUUGGCCUUAACCAAGAAUGGAAAAAAAUGAGGGAAGGGAUAGUUGUCAUCUGAUAAUUGUCAUAUUAAUGCAGAAGUAGUUGAAGUUUAAAUAUCUGAACAGAUAAUGACAAUAGCCAGCUGGUGGUGUAAUGGCUUCCGCACUGGACUUUGAGAUGAGUGGUUCCAGGUUCGAAUCCGGCCGGCUCCCUGCAUGCUUUCCAUCUGUGCUGGCUCUGAAGAGUCCUGCUGCAUUUCACGAACAGAGGAGAAGCUUGGAAAGGGCACGGACUGAAGACUAUUUAAAGAGAAAGAUACGGUCACGUCCAGAGAGAGCAGAGUUGGUCAGAAUGCACAUACUUGAAGAGACUUCAGCAGAGCCCUCCCUACAAGCAACACAGAUGAAGCUGAAGCGGGCGAGGCUGGCCGAUGACCUGAAUGAGAAGAUUGCACAGCGCCCUGGUCCCAUGGAGCUUGUGGAAAAGAAUAUCCUGCCCGUGGAUUCCAGUGUCAAAGAGGCCAUCAUAGAUAAUCAUGUGCCGUACUCUGCAUUGGCAGACAACUCAUCGUUUGACGAAGACAGCAGUGAUGCCCUUUCACCAGAGCAGCCAGGAAGUCAGGAGUCUCUCGGGUCGUUGCCUUCCCCGACAGAAGCAAAGUCUGUUGAUCAGCAUCAGGCCCUCCCCACUUCUCCAACCCAGUAUCUUGUGUCAUUGCCAACUGGAGCAGAAUUAAACAAGUUCAAGCCAUUGUCUGACCAGCAGAUUGCAAAAUUGGCAAAUGGUGUGUCAUCUCCAGCUGCUAAGCCUGUGCCAACGCUCAUUAAACAAAGUCAGCCCAAGAUGACACGCGACAAGAACCAGCGGAACAAGAAGCUGAAGGAGCCAAAGUCCCGGGUGAAGAAGCUCAAGUACCACCAGUACAUGCCGCCAGACCAGAAACUGGAGAAGGCCACCCUGCCUCUGGACACUGCCUACUCCAAACUGCUCCAGCAGCAGCAGCUCUUCCUCCAGCUCCAGAUACUGUGCCAGCAGCAGCAGCAUUACAACUAUCAGACCAUCCUGCCCGCUCCGCCAAAACAGAACAAUGAGCAACAAGCCAGCAGUGGUUCUACACCGGUGAGGCCUCUGACCACUAGCACCUCAUCUUCAGGCCCAGGGGCUCUGCCUCGGCAGAACAGCUGCACAGCCACCGUCAAACCACCAGCAAGUCUGCCCUCAAACCUUGACGAUCUGAAGGUGGCCGAGCUGAAGCAGGAGCUGAAGCUACGGGGCCUGCCCGUGUCGGGAACCAAAACCGACCUGAUCGAAAGGCUGAAGAACUACCAGGAGCAGGCGAGGGUGGGAGGUGCCCCUGCUGUCCCCACCCCGGCGCCCACCGUCUCCAAGACUGUCCCCCUCAUCUCCAAGCCCACUGAGUUGGUGGUGGCCUUCACACCCGUCCCCGUGCCCACCACCACUACCACCACCACUGCCGCCGUCCGCUCUGGCAGCACCCCGACGCCGGUCACUGGCGUCUGCCCCGGUGAGGUGGUGGUCACCUCUGCGGCCAAGCCGGCUGUCCCCGUCUCUACCCCUCCGGUGUCGCCGGCGCCCUCUGACCGCUCGGUGCAAAGUAUGGACGACACCACCCCGCCCGAGUUGCCAGCCGAGCCUGGCCGGUCCUCGCCCAUGCAAGUGGUGUGCAAGGAGGAGAUCCCCUGCCUCAACGGCGUGAGCAGCCACAUCAUGCUAGCGCCCAGCGCCAUCCGCGGCAGCGGCCCGGAGGGCAAGGACCCGCAGGCCACCAUCAAGGACCGGAUGCUGCAGGAGAAGGACAAGCAGAUCGAGGAGCUGACCAGGAUGCUGAGGCAGAAACAGCAGCUGGUGGAAGCCCUCCGCCUCCAGCUGGAUCAGGAGAAACGCACACAGCAACAGCAGCAGCAGCCCGCCCCCUCCCUGCUCCCAAACCCACCCGUUUCCCGGGACUCCAUCGCCGUCAAGCAAGAGAACCUGCCCUCCAGCUGCCCCCUCUCGGGCAAGUCCAACCCAUCUGGCCCACAUCCCAGCCAAGCCAAGCCCCCCAGGACGAGCCCCAGCCCCACCGGCACUGCCGGGCCCAACCCGCUGCCAAUCAAGACGGUGAUGGUGAAGCAGGAAGGAGGCGGGGGCGGCUGCCAGCAGCCAGCACCAGCCAUUCUGCUGAGCUCAUCGCAGCCAAGCCGGGUGACCACCGGCCUGCUGAGGACAAUCGCCCAGGCACAGACCCCUGGUCUGCUGACAAACGGAGCCGGCACGCACAUCCUCCUCACCAUGACUCCGCAGAAGACAGACGUGGGAAGUGCACCUCCCCCUGCGAGCUCCACCAAGGAUCAACCGACAACACAGGCAGUGACGUCUUCCCCCUCCCAGCAACAGGCGCAGCAGACUACACCCACCACUCAGUCAAAGCAAGAGCCACAAACGGAAACGAUGACCCAGACAGGAAAGAAGGACCAGAAAGUGGGUCUGCAGCUGAUCACUGGGACAUCUGGUGCUGUGCUGUCGUACGCCCUCACGCCCCAAAACCUGCAGCCAUUCUUCCCAAACAACGCGACGGAAAGCUCUUUACAGACGAGGGUGAAUAACGAAUCCAGCUCCUCACACAAGGAGAACUCCAGAAGCCAGGAGAUGGAUGAUUUGUUUGAUAUCCUCAUUGAAAGUGGAGAAAUCUCCGUCAAUGCCAAGGACGCUACCACCUCUUUAAACACGCCGUCUCCGCAGAGUGUCUCGCCCACGCUUGCCGUGUCCUCGCCACAGACUUCUCUCAAAGUGGAGCCACCGUCUCCACAGCUGUUGCUGGAGCCCAUCACCGACAGCCAGUUCAGUAACCAAGAGAGCCGACUCGAGGACUUUCUAGUAAGCACAACCGGUGUCCCGUUGUUAUCAGUUGACCACGAUGGAACUCAGCCUCUCUCGCUCAUCGACGACCUACACAACCAAAUGCUGAGCAGCUCCAGUAUACUGGAGCACCCGCACUCUCCCAUGGACACCUCGGACAUGCACUUCACCACCGACAGCACCUGCCUGACCCUGGACCUUGCUGACACUAACUUGGACAGUAUGGAGUGGCUAGAUCUUACCAUGGGUGGCUCCUCGGUGGGCCUGGCUCCUCUGAACUCUGUGUCCCACAGUGUCUUCUCUACUGACUUCCUAGACAGUCACGACCUGCAUUUACACUGGGAUUAACAUCAGCGGCCAAAACGUUGAGGGCGAUCCUUCGCAAAGCCUCUUGAUCAGUGUGGGACUUUAGUGCGCUGGUGCCGAAUCAGGGUGAGUGUCCUCGAGCAUGGUUCUUCGCUGUCACUUUAACUGAGCAGGACCUGCACACGAGUCAGCGAUGCACAUCCUCUUGUGAAGCAUCAGAGGGUCUUCCCUGUUCAAGAGUCACGGGCAAAUACAGGCUGGAGCACGCUGCUGUAACUCUGAGCCCAACCACUGCUGCUGGGGGAGCCACCCCCGGAUUAGAGUUCAGAUCAGAGGAUGGACUUAAUUAAAAGUUGACCAGAACACAAUGGAGUCUUUUGAUCUUAGCCUUCACAUAGCUUCUGGGCUGGACCUGUGGAGAGACGGAUCCCCCUCCCAGCACACAUUAACACUUAGUUUCUCCAUUGCCAAGUCUGUCUCUUUGCACUGAUUGGGGCAAGUAAAUGUUCUUUUUUUUUGAAACAGGAACCCAAAGGUACAUUAACAGAGUUAGAAAUGGAAAGUUACCACCAAACCUCCCCACCAGCCCAGCCCCUUGAGGACAAGUCUGAAUGUUAUUGUGGUCUGUCUCCAGAGCACGUGUCUCGGUCUGUCGUGGCAUUGCCCUAAGAUCAUAAACUAAGACCUGUGCUUGUGACUGCUUUGGAUUGUGACCAUGGCGUUUUGGCUUGUUGUGAAAUAGUUUAUUUCUUGCCCAGCAACCCCAGCAGUGUUUGCUUUAGUCUGAGGAGAGGAGUUGAAUUUAGCCCUGGACAGCCUUCACCAGGCCCCUAAUGUGCCAUUCAUUCUCAGUCAGAUUUUGAGUUGGACUAUUGGAUCAGGCAAGUGUUGUCUCCAGCACGCCCCAAGGAUAGCUGCGACUUUCCCCAAAGGUUUUCCACGUCAGAGAGCACCAAGUUCCAUUCUGUCCACUUAAUCUAAGCCUGUAACCAAGAGGUCUGAGUUCAACUAGGAGAGGGUCACAACUGUCCAGUGCUGUCUUUGUGGCGUUGACACCACAUCUACGUCCUGGGGCUGUUAGUUACUGAUAACAAGCUUUCAACGGCUGGCUGGCGUCUCAGAGUCGGGUGAAAGAUCUCUUUGGCCCUCUUGGUUUGAGGGUGUGGGGCUGUCUGUCUGUUUACUCUUUCCUUGUCAACCAGAGCUGUGUCAUCUCGGCAGGGUAUCCGUCAGCCUCCUGCAUGCCUCACCCUUCAAACCGUGAAGGGGACCUGAAAAGCUGAGGGUUCAAUGUCGGAAAGGGCCAUGAAUUGCCACAGUAUUUCUUAAAAGUGAACAAAAAAGGAUUUUUAAAAUCCGCUGCAGGAAGAAGAAAUUGUCCUUCUUGCCAGCUACAUGAUUUUUUUUAAACUGUAAAGUUACAAUCAUUUAGAAUGUAAACCGAAAUUGCAUACUGUAAUAUAUGCACUUGAAGUCAUAUCUGUGUAUGAGUUACAUAGCUAUGUUCUGCUAUGUUAUUAUAAAUCACUGAUUACAUAACACUGGUGUACGGGGCCCACUUUUGACAACAAGCCUUGAAAGUGACAACUUGUCCAGCCUAGUGAAUAGCAGUUAAAUUUUGCCUCUGUGGGUUUCUGGUACAGAGCUUGUGUGACUCCCCGGUGUAGUCAACUUCACACUGUGAGUUAUAGCACGACCAAGCUAAUGCAUUUUCAUUCAGAACCAAGGGAUCUUGGCUGGGAAUGGAACAGCAUUAACUUGGGAACAUGGAAGGAUUAUGUGCUUAGUUCUAGAUUAAUUACACUAAUCUGAAGGAAUCUUAAGAGGAACAAGCCUUUGGAAGUUUGGAAAGAGUGACAAAGGAGUGGAAGUUGCCUUGAAUUCCUUGUUUCUUUCACAUUAAAUUAGAGCUACCGGGCAUUGUGUUGUGUUCUGGACAAUGCUGUGAUUUUUUUUGUUUAUAUUAUAUAUAUUCUUGAAACAUUUGAUAUGUGUUUCUCAAUCAAUUUGGCACAUUCUGCAACCCUUGUAGUUGAAGGCAGAGAGUACAUCAUGCUUAAAUCACUAUUGCAAGCUAGUGGCCAAGUCAUCCUUUCUAGUAGCCAAAAGUGAAGUUACUGUGGUCUUUAUAUAACCCAGAAAGGGGUUGAGUGUCAUUGCUUUGGCAAUCAGUUCUUUGUUAUUUUUUUAAUUGUAUGUUCUCAUUGACCAUAAGCUGCGUUUCAGUACAGCUCUCUAUAAGAGCUACCUGUUUGAUUCUUUUGUAGAAGGGUUGAGAGAGUUAACGUUGCAUCCUGGUGUAUACAGAAUCCAGAGCGAGCGGAGGGGGAGCAUUUGAAAUGGGGUUGGGGAAAUGAUUUGAAGGUUCAAAAAUUGCUGAUUUGAUCAAAGGUACAGAAGCCCACAACCUUCCAAACACCACCUCCCACACCAAAGUAGCAAAGGGUGGGUUUUAUUGAAAGUCUCAAAUCCCACUCCCAGUGAACCUGAUAUUCAUCUAACUUGCACUGAAGAGCCAUGUCUGAGAGCUUGGAGGCUAUUAAACAGUUAAUUUCUCUCCACCUCCCCCAACCAAAAUUGAUACAUUUUUGUCCAAUCAACUUUAUCCAUACACUGUUAAAAUAGAUGAUUUAUUUUUUGAGAUACAGUGUGGAAUACGCUAUUUUCAGCCUGAGCCACGCCACCCAGCAAUCCCCGAUUUAGUCAUAGCCUAAUCCUGGUUCAAUUUACAAUGACCAAUUAUUCUACCAACCGGUACGUCUUUGAAUUGUGGGAGAAAACAAAAGCACCCAGAGGAAACCCACGUGGUCACGGGCAGAAUGUACAAACUCCUUACAGAGAGCAGUGGAAAUUGAAUCCGGGUCGCCUGUACUGUAAAGUGUUGUGCUAACCACACCACUGUUGAUGUUGCUGAGUUGGAAAACUUGGCGAGUUCUGUACCUGUGCAUUGAGCCUUAGUUUUGGUGAGCCAGUGCAAACCAAGUGACAUAUCUGGACAUGGAACCUCCAUACUGGAAGCCACCUCCUCUUCCCUAGCACAGAAGUGGUGAGCACACUUUCUGAUGGUGCUUUGUGAUUCUGAGAACACUCAAGAGACACGGCAUGCUGAGCAAAAUUUGAAGGGGCUGAGCUGAGUUCUCUCUCACCGUCAUUUCAUUUUAUCCAUCCCUAAAAAAGUUCUCUGACCAGAAUGGUCUCCAGCCAGGAUGGAUCUUGUUAGCAAAUCCCUGAGUGUAUGUUGAAUGUUGCCACCUGAACUCAGUUGGUGAAUGGAGUUUGUAUAUUGUGUAUUGUCCUGUCAAUUCUGGUGUUAAGUCGUCAUCAAACCCUUUGAUCAUAGGUAGCUCGGGUGGUUGAUGGCUAGGUUGAGUUGUUCUUUGAUAUUGGCAAUCCAUUUGCAGACGUUUCAUAACCAUUCGAGGAGACACCAUCAGUGCGCUGUUCACUUGUGGUGUGUCCUGAAUGCUUAGCCUUUAUAUACAUAUCAAUCAGCUGACUGGUUGUCAUUACAGAAACUCAGUUGCGUGGCCAUGCAACUAAUCAGCGAUGAGAACCCCUGCCUAUGUUCCAACUGAGUUUCCAUAAUAACGUUUGCAAAUUGGUUGUCAGAAUUGGAGAACAACUCAACCAACCCUUAAUGACUCCAAAUAGGGGUGUGAAGCGGGUUAUAAUGAUAGAGUUUUACAGUUAGAAUUAGUGUCGCCAACUAAUGGCCACUCGGGAGACCAUGGCAGCACAACUAGCCCUGCCUCACAGAUCCAGGGACCCAGGUUUGGUCCCAGUUCCUAAAACUGGUUGUGCAGGGUUUGAAUAUUGUCCCCCCCCCCCCACAACCCUUGUGCUUUAGUUUCACACGCUCGUGCUACUAAGUUACUUGACUCCUGGAAAUUGCCACGAGUGUAUCAAGGUGGUAGGUGGAAAUAGGAUCUGUGUGAGCAAGGCCAAACUGAGUGAGGUAGUGGGACUGGUGGAAUUCAGGUGAGAGUUUUCAUUGUUAGAUCAAAGCCACCUCCUGUAGUGUGUGAGGUGUUUUUAAGAUAAAUAAAUGGAGAAAAACGUGCAGUAUAUUGGUGAAUCCGCUGGAAUGAUGCUAAGCCAUAAAAUUAACGAAAAAAAUCUAACGUAGGUUUACACACCUAUAGAAAUUGAUCACUGGAUCAUAAUGCAAUUCUGAUACUGGAGUUGGGUUUUUAGCUGCAAUGCUGUACUUGAUCCAAGACAAUCUUAAGACCCAGUAGGUUCAACCUGGGGUGAAGUAGUCUCAGCUAUUUCAGUCACUGCUCUGGAUUCCUAGAAACCACAACACAAAACAAUCAGAGGAUUAGGAGCUCUGUCCCACUUCUCUAAAGUUGUUCUUCCUUUUUUUGCAAGAAGAAUGAGCCCUAUUUGAGGCUUGGUUGAGUGUAUUACAUAGUUUGGUCUGACCUUCCUGGUCUUCCUCCCUCAUCUCCACCAAUGGCUGCAAGACCUUCUGCUGUCCGUGGCCCCAAGCUCUGGACUUCAUGCCUUGCACUGCUUUACCUACCUACAUACUCUGAGGCACUUCUGCAAAUCUGCCUCUGACCCUUUUGAUCACCUGCCCUGAUUUCAUUUUGUAGCUUGGUACCUAAUGUUACCCAAUCACCUCUGUGUUAAACUUGAUGCAGAUGGUAGAACUGAGUGGUAUUUUGUCUGUUUCCUACUGUCAUGCCCUUGAAGUUGGCUUCUGUGGACCUUGCUCACAGUCAGAGGUAACUGUGAUGAUUUUGAUUGUUACCUGAGUUUAGACCUGCUCGUCGCCUGCAAAUGCCUCUAUCUCUUAUUACUUUCCUUGGUAUCCUGGAGUUACAGAGAACUAUGCUGCACAAUCCUUUGUAUUGCUAGCACUGCUGUUGGAUUGAUUUGUCCUUAGAUGCACUUUCAAGCAGGGAUCACUGGGUCAAAGUUCAAAGUACAUUUAUUAUCGAAUACUAUAUACAACCUUGAGAUUCCUCUCCUUACAGGCAGCCACAAAACAAAGAAACCCAAUAGAGCCCAUCUAAAAAAAAAACAAUAAGCACCCAAAGCGCAGAAAAAGAAACAAAUCAUGUGAACACUAAAAGUAAGCAAAUAGCAUUCAGAAGUUCACAAAGAGUGAGUCCACAUCCACGAAGCCUGUCACGACCGAUCCAGGAGCCAAUUAGUUGCAGGCCACAGUCUCAGUUCAGACGGCAAUCAAGCAGAACCCUGAGAGGUAGAAGCCUUUCCUCUCUCAUCCCCUUCCAACAAAGAGAUAAUUACUGAUGCUUUUCUAUUCCUACAGGUCCCCUUUUUAGUUGGCUGUAAUGUAAAUGUAACACGAGCCAGGUUGGAUUUGGUUACUAUUUCAUGUGCCCAAAGAUGCAAUGAAAAGCUUUAUUUUUGCAUGGCAUCUGUAGAGACUGUGCCAUGUUUAAUUACGUCAAGGUGAAAACAGAAUGCAAGAUAUUGUGCAGAGUUGCAGUGCAGAUAGACAAACGAAAUACAAGGGCCAUAUCAAAGUACAUUGGGAGAUCGAGUUCAUCAAUUGUUUUCUAAAUCCUGUAACACUACAUUGGCAAGCCCACGUUCAUUGGCAUUCCCUUGCAGAGUUGGCAGUGGGCCUUUUUAUACAACAGAGGAGAAUGUUAAAUCAAAAGUACAAUUUAGCACCAAACUAUUUGUUCUAUUGGUUCCUGCCCAAGUCUUCUAAUCUUAUCAAUGUAUCCUGUUUAUCCCUCCGUUGUGCUAAUGGCCCAUCCAACCCAAACAGUCAGUAUUGGCAUUUACCCACCGCAAGCAACUUCAUUUCAAUGCAAUCUUUGUUUCUCUUACUCCCUUCAACAUCUUGAUUUUAUAAAUCUAAAAGAAAGCAUUUAAAACAUGCAAGUAAUUUGCCAAGUUAUCUCAGAGCUAUUAGAUUAAACCACAAGUCCACUUAGAGGAGAAACCAGAACAGGGUUCCUUCAGUUCCAGAAUUGAAGCAUUUGGUGCCAUUGAGGUCUGGAGAUAUCCUUUCUAAGUGUAUCCAAUACUUUCUAUUUUUGUUUCAAAUUACCAGCAUCUUGUCUAUUUUGUUUCAAACGCAAAGCAUAUAUAUAGACUUUAAAGAUUUCCGGGGUUGAUGCCAGAAAUUUGAGAUCCAGUACCAUGACUGUUCCCAUUCGUAGACGGUUUGGGGACCAAGGGGGCUUAGCGGAAGAGCAAAGCAUGAGGGGAUGGAUUAGAGAAAAAAAAACACUUAAGGAAAUGGAAGAUGGUGACUAUUGAGCUUUUAGUGUGUUAUAAGCAGAUUCAUCUAUGUCUUUCAAAGGGAAUUAAAUAGAAACUUUGUUAGAAAAUAAUCUGCAAGCAAUGUGUGAGAUCGGGCAGACAUCUGUGCUUGGACCCAGUGUGGACUUGAUUGGCCAAAUGACCUUUUCAUGUGCAAUAAUGAUGCAGUAAAGAGCAUAGAAUUAAUGAGUAGCUAAUAUGUAAUCCAGAGCCUUGGAUCUACGGAACAUGGAGCUGCCAAGGCUGGGUAAGGUAUUACCCAGGAGAUCAUACGGUUCCUGUGUUUACCUUCUUGCAUCAGUGCCAGCCGGGUAUCCAAUUACAUUGGACUUACAGCCAAAAUCACAGCAGAACGAUACUGAUCACUGACCACUGGUAAAACACUCUGCAGGUUAGUGUCUGUAGAAAAAGAGAGAGAGAGAGAGAGACACUAACAUAGUCAACAUUUAAGAUUUGACACCCUUCAUGGAUUACAGACCAAAAGAAAAGGUCAAUGACUAAGUAUGAUUGUUCUGAAUUGCAGUUGACUGGUAAUUGACUUGUUUUGGUGAUUACAUUUUGAAGGCAAAUGCAAGUUUCUUAGCUGCAGCCAUCUGGAAGUUGCACCUAAUCCAUUCGAAAGCUGCACCCUUUGACCCCCUAAUCUCAACAGUGCAGGAACUCAUGAAUCAGUCCAUAAUAUUCUGUUUUCCUCAUUUACCCCUGAGAGCACAGAUCCAGCAAGGCAGAGCACCCAUUGGUUCUGGGAAAAAUCCUUGCUGAUUGGGGUCUCAGUGCUUCUAAUCAGCAUGAUCAAUCACAAGACGAGGCCUACAAAGAAAAAGAAAAUCAGUCAUUUCAAUCGAACCAGUUCAUAAUACAAAUAUGAGUAUGACCUUUCUUUAAAAAGCUGGAAAUCUAACAUGAGAAAAGUGGAACACCCACACUACCAUUUACUAAUUUUUAAUGAAGCCCCUAAUCAAUCCUAAUUUGAGGAUGUUUUGGGUAUUUACUCACUGUCCGUAAUGCUGCUGGUGUUUAGGGCAGCAAUGAAGGUCCUCCAUCUCUGGUGGUGUUCAGGGUUUCCUUCAUCGUGACAGUAGCUCCGUUUUCACUGCUAUCAGUCAUGUAAGUCCUGGGUGGAGACUUGGGUAUACUGUCACACUCGGAUGUAGAAGGAUUCUUUGUUGCUGUUUCCAUUUCGAUUUUGUUUUACCAAUCCGGGUUGUUAGCCCUGAGCUGAACCCCCAAACGUGUAGGACCAGUGGACCAUUCUUAGUCUGGCCUCUAACCAGGAAGCUUCAUUUAAAAUCAAUGCAUAGCAGAUUCAGGGCUUAGCCAAAGUUUUAAAAAUGGCGACAUUUUGGGUAGGCUUAAGUUUAGUGCUGUGGAUCUUACUUCCCCUUCUCUCGAGUCUGCUUGUCCAAUCUGGUCUAGAACACCCUACCCAGGGAUCAAUCCUUGCACUAUUUUCUCAAUUAAUCGGGUCAAUAAAAUUGAUUACAUCUUUGUCGAAGAGCCGGUUACGGAUAAACUUAAAAAUUCGUGCCUUGUUCUUACUAGUCAUAUAAAACCCUGCUGUUUUAUCGAGAUUUGCCUCUAGACUAGUUUUCGUUAAGGUCUUGAGGUUUCUAGGCACGCCCUUGUGAGAAUCACUCGAGCCAUGUUGUUGGCAAAGCCCAAUGGAGUGCAAGAGCUGCCAUCUUCACUGAGAUGGAAUCCGGACCCACCUUAUCUAAUAAAUAUAAUAUUACGUCCAUUAUGAUAUUAAAUACAAUAGGAGAAAGCUGGUCGCCCUGAUAACUCCUCUAAGUUGGGAAUGAGUCCAGUCUUGACCUUGCCUUUCUCGAUAAAAGUGCAGGAAUCUAUACGUAUCUGCUAUGAGGUCCACGAAAUGGGUUUCAGCCCCCAUCCAACCCAAAGCUUUAACCUGUGGCUGACGGGGUCGAAAGCUUUCGAUAAGCAACAGCCGGAUUUAUUCUCGUUGGCCCCCUUAGUUCAGGCAGAACAUUUACAUCCACAUUUAAGAUUUAAGUGCUAAAUUUUAAAUACUGCUUUUUUAAGCUCCCUGCUGCUAUUCACUUAAAAUUCUUUUACUUUAAAAAACUAUGUGCCUUCAUUUCAGUCCCACACUGCUGCACUACAGGGGAGACAUGAUCGUGAAAAGAAAGCUGCUGUAAUUGUGUCCUAAAGGUAAAAUAAAGACUAGAAUUUGAUUUUUUUGUGCUUUUUUUAAAGCAAGGCUGCCUAACUCUGCUAUGCGUGUCUUUGGCAAGCAGGAGAAGCUUCUGCAAUUAUCCAGUUUGCUUUGUGGUUUGGUAACAUUGAAGGUUUCUUUAUAUAUUAGAGCAGCUCUAGUUAGCUUGGUACAAAAUGCUAAAUAACACCAGCCCAUCGCAAAACUGCAUCUUUAGAAGGACCUAGAUUUUUUAUUGGGUUUGUUCACUCAAUACAAUCUUUUCUGCCCUUGGGGUUAGAAUGUCACACUGUCUGAGUAGAGAACUACUCAAUCUGCUGCUAGAUUUCUAAGGAGUACUUGGCAGUUCAAAGUUCUUGCUCAAUGGAUACCAGCUCCAUACUGCACCCAAGGAGAUGUCCAAGUGUUUGAGAACAAUAGGGCAAUGAAGAAGUAUUAGUGUUAAUUGAAGAGCAUGGUGCUCAUGCUCUGAUCUGAGAUGGGAGUGCACUUGGAACCUGGUCUGAUUACAGUCUUGUCAUUGAAGUCCUUUAAAAUAGUAGAUUGUAUAUGUGCUGAAGUUCUACCUUCAUUAUCUAGUUAGUGUAGACUGGAUUUUUUUCAUAGGAAGUGACUGCAAUUUGACAUUGGAAGUAUUUGAUCUGUAUUAUCCCGUUUAUUGAUGGAGAGACCAAGAUGGGGUCCGCGCAGGAUGUUUACUGGAAUACAACAUUGACAAAUUGUUCUGAACCAAUUAUGCUUCCCACCACCAUCAAUAAGUUACACUGCAUCUGUCUACUUCAGUGUAGGCUGCAUUGAGGAGAGAGGGACUGAAGGCAUAUGCUUUGCUUGCUUUUGCUGGAGAUAGAUAGAAUGAGGUCUCUUGGGUUUGUCUGCUUUGUAGACAAGAGAAGGAAGGUCCAGUCCAGGGGACUGUGCAUUGUGGUAAAGGGCAAGUUACUGCUCUUCAUUAUAUAAAGCUAUAAGAGGUAGAAUCACUACAGGUUGAUCUACAACCUCUGGCUGGACUGAGGGUCCUGUAGAGAAAUACACUUGAGCCAAAGCAGCCCAAGGAAUGUGCUGUUUUGAGCCUCAGCACUAGUGGAUGGAGAAAGAAACAGACAUCAGUGGAAACUUCCAAAAUACUUCCGCACACAGGGUGAGAGCUGUAACUCUUGUAUCUCGGUUAAUGACACUUGUAGAGGGCCAUGAAAUGACAAUACUCAUCGGGUACUCAGUAAACACUCUGAACUUGACUGACUGUGUGGCCCAGAGUUUUCUUCAUGCUUCUCAUUGUUCUUCGGGACAGUGUGUAACCACUAAGGAGGAGAGCUCAAAACACUUCCUGCUAGGUUUGAGUCAGUGCUGCUUUCUCAGAAGAAUCAAAAUCAGGUAUAUAAUUACUGACAUGCUAUACGUCCACAGCUCCUCCACUCCUGAACAGUAAAUGCCUGCAAGAAAGUGAACCUCAAGGUAGUAUAUGGUGACAUAUACGUAGUUUGGUAAUAAAUUUACUUUGGAUUUUGAUCCUGUGGUGGAUGUGCGUGUGUGUGUUGAUGGAAGUUUGCUGUUCCUGGAGCAUCUGAUCAAACAGCCAUUAGGAGUCUGCAGGGAACCAGUCGAAUGUCAGUUGCCCUGAACAGUAGCAGCAGAAGCAACAGCAACUUUAACACACUUGUUCGAGAAAAGGCUCUUAAAGCAGGGGAAGGGGACGGUGAUGACUUUUCCAGAAAUGUCCCAGAACUUUGAUCAAGAGUCAGGUUGGCUGAUGGAUGAGUGGGACAUGUCCCAAAUUGGAAGUGUUGCUCAGGAUGGGGAUUCUUCUGUAAGUAUUGUUCGUAAGAAGCCAUUGAAAUUCAAUUCCUCCAUCCCACACUGCAGCUCUGCAAAUGUUUUCUGCCUGAUAAGUCACUGUGACAAAUUACUUGCUCUAAUAAUUGUGACCAAUGACUCCCGUGAUCACUGCCAAUGGUUUAUUUACAGAUGUCUAUGCUCAUUGUUUUGUAGGCAGACUUCGUACAUUGUGGGGUUGAAUUGAUUCUGUAGUUUGAAUAACUGUCCCCAGACAGCAAGCUCCUGAUUCCCCUGCAUGGAGCAGUGCUCAGCCAGCCUAGUGUCAUAGAGCAUUACAGCACAGAAAUAGGCCCUUCAGCCCAGCUAGCUGGUGCCAAACUUAUUCUACCUAGUCCCAACGACCCAGACCUAGACCAUAACCAUCCAUACCACUCCCAUCCACGUACUUAUCCAAACGUCUCUCAAAUGUCGCAUUCAAACCUUCAUCCACUACUUCCACUGGCAGCUCAUUCCACACUCACACCACCCUCUGAGUAAAGAAGUUCCCCUUAAAUAUUUCACCUUUCACCCUUAGCCUAUGACCUCUAGUUCUAGUCUCAGCCAACCUCAGUGGAAAGAGCUUGCUUGCAUUAAGCCUAUAAUUUUGUAUAGCUCUAUUCGGAUGGAUUGUGGACCUGGAGUAACUUAGGUGGUUGGAACAUGGAAGAGGGUGAGGUGAGGGGAGAACAUCAGCACUGAACGCCCCUAGGCCCCUCGUCAAAGUAAAACAGAUUAGCAGAAAAGAGCUCCAGUAGCUGGUGGGCAAGUCGAUUAAAGUAUUAUUUUACACAUAUGAAGAAACCAAAGUGUUCUGGGGAGGAGGAGGGAUGCAGAGUUCACCAUCUAGCAGUCAGGAGAUCAAGUCAAUAGCAUUUUUCUUAAUCCCAAUGUGAAACUAUCUGAAUUUGCAGUUUCCACUUUAACUCACUGUGGAUGUUGUGAGUUAACUGAAGACCUUCCUUUCACGAUUCUUGCACUACAGGGAACAUUGACUACUGUUUCAUGGCAGUACAGGUCAACUGUGAUCUUUCUGUAUCGAGGAACCAGCUCAAGGGGCUGAAUGGCUCCAUUUCUAGUGAUUUCCCAUACUCACCACUCAUGGUGUUGUAUCUUGCUCAGAGCUCCUUCCCUGCUGUCUUAGUAUCUAAAAGCCUCAUCUAUUUUCUCCAAAUCAAGAUGGUCUUCAGUUAAUUCUUACUCUCCUGAAAAGCUCAACUCAGUGGGUAAAUUGGUGUUGGAGGGGAAGAGUGGGAUGUAAGGGACAAUUGGCCACACUUACUCCGGUUAACUGCUGUUGCUGGAGGGUAGCGCACACAGGGGUGAGCUCAGGUAGAGUGCAGGCUUGACUGUGAUGUCUUCAGCUACUGUCCCUGGCAAUAGCCUGGUGUAGGUACCAGUCGUACUUGUGGAAACAUCAUCCGCUGUAUCUUCAGGACUGGAACAAGGUACGUUCAGGGAGGGGAGCUACUGGAGAGGGUGAUGCUGGGGCUAGGUCCUUGAAUAGUCAGCUUGUACUACAGCUUCUACUGGUUAAAGAAACAAACCAAGCUUUCUCCUCAUAUUUCUUGGUACACACAGGAUGGAGAACAAGUAUGUUUUGCUGACCAACCUCCAGCUGAGCUACCUUCUGCCAAUGGCUGCAUCACAGUUGGCACAGCCUCCCACUUAAAAAGUGCCAUAGCUUUGCAGUGAAAAUCUCGGGAAUUGUGCCAGAGUGGUAAUCUCUGUUUUACUAAAGGUAUUGAACUUGAGUGAUACCAAUCAUUUUUCCCAUCACCUGGACAGCUACAUAAAUCAGGAUGUACCUGAGCAUGAUCUGAACCUCUGUUUCUCUGAGCAUGUUCCAUGUCUGAGCUGUGAACGUUUAUCGGGAACCAUUUUGGAGGAAUGUUCUUUAACACUCUAUGCUCAUUUUGUAGUCAGAAGGUGGUAGUAGGGAGGGAAGAGAGAAAGCAGACUCAAUGAAUUUUACUGCUUGCUUUUUUUCUUUUUAUGUUUUUAACUGUAUGUAAACACUGUAUUUGUGUUGAACUUUUUAAAACAAUUUUUAAAGAAAUAUUGUGUUUGUAUUAUUCCGACUCCUUUUAUUUAAAUU